CAGUUGGCUUACCACGGGUUGUUACUGCUCGGUGCAGCUCUUUCUUUGUCUCCAUGACAACUGGCCGUCACGGAGACGUCGCACUCGCCACACACCUGAGUCUGGGAAGGAGGAAGUGCCUUUGCUACACCCACGCCAACUUUUACAGUGUGUGUUCGUCAGAUGUGUCUGAGAUUUCCUCUGGUUGUGCUUUGGGGGACCUGUCACUGAAGACAGGAGGCACCUUGGAGAGGACCCGACUUGCGGAACAGAAGAGGAGAGGACGAGGGGAGGGAUCAAGAUGAAAAAGUGACAAGCUGGAUCGUUGCUUUAGAAACGGUGGCAGAAGAACCUGAGACGACGCAGUGACUGCACAUCCCAUCAUCCUACAGGGCCCAGAUCUGAUUGGAUGGUUUUGUCAGAAUGACAGCCGAAGAUCCUGCUUCCUCCUCGACCAUGAGCAAUAACGCUGCCCCCACCAAACCCUCCCAGCCCUCUGGGGCCUCCCACCACCCUCUUCAUGGACAGAUCAACACCACUGAGGGAGUUGUGGGUGCUCCCAAUGAGGCUGCACUGGUAUCCCUGAUGGAGCGUACUGGCUACAGUAUGAUCCAGGAAAAUGGUCAGCGUAAAUACGGCCCUCCUCCUGGUUGGAAUGCUGCAUCUCCACCAAGGGGAUGUGAAAUCUUUGUGGGCAAGAUCCCACGGGACGUUUAUGAGGAUGAGCUGGUGCCAGUGUUUGAGUCUGUAGGACGCAUCUAUGAGAUGAGGCUGAUGAUGGACUUUGACGGGAAGAACAGAGGGUACGCAUUUGUGAUGUACACAGAGAAACACGAGGCCAAGCGGGCGGUACGCGAGCUCAACAACUAUGAGGUGCGGCCUGGCCGAUUGCUCGGGGUCUGCUCCUCCGUGGACAACUGCCGUCUUUUCAUUGGUGGCAUCCCCAAGACCAAAAAGCGGGAGGAGAUCCUGGAGGAGGUCUCAAAGGUGACAGAAGGGGUACUAGAUGUGAUAGUUUAUGCCAGCGCUGCAGACAAGAUGAAGAACAGAGGCUUUGCCUUUGUAGAGUAUGAGUCGCACCGUGCAGCCGCCAUGGCUCGCAGGAAGUUGAUGCCCGGACGGAUUCAGCUUUGGGGACACCAGAUCGCAGUGGACUGGGCAGAGCCGGAGAUUGAUGUGGACGAAGACGUUAUGGAGACAGUGAAGAUCCUCUACGUCAGGAAUCUUAUGAUGGAGACCAGUGAAGAGACGAUCAGACAGGUCUUCAGCCAGUGGAAUCCUGGAAGUGUUGAACGUGUGAAGAAAAUACGUGACUAUGCCUUUGUCCACUUUACCUCCCGGGACGAUGCUGUCAUGGCCAUGGACCACCUCAACGGCACAGAGGUGGAGGGGUCCUGCAUUGAGGUGACACUCGCCAAGCCAGUUGAUAAAGAGCAGUACUCGCGCCAAAAGGCCUCCAAGGGAGCUUCUGCCACUCCAGAGCCUGCUCCACAGAACUACGUCUACCAGUGUGAUCCCUACACAUUGGCCUACUAUGGUUAUCCCUACAAUACCCUCAUUGGACCCAACAGGGACUACUUCGUCAAAGGAUCCCCAAUGAUACAGAACAAUGCAGGUACUGUGCGAGGUCGUGGUCGUGCUGCUGCAGGUAACCGUACCCCUGGACCACGGGGGUCAUACCUGGGGGGUUACUCUGCCGGUCGUGGCAUCUACAGCCGCUACCAUGAGGGCAAGGCCAAGCAGCCCGAAAAGCCCUAUGAGCUGAUGCCCAGUCUGGAGCUUGCUGCCUCCGUCAACUCCGUUGGCAUCAAACCUGGCACAAUGGCGUUGCCGACUCUGGGUGGGCAGUACCCGAUGUUCAGCACGGCUCCUGCAGCCAAGCUGAUGGAGGAUGGGAAGGUGCACACAGUGGAGCACCUCAUCAACCCUCUGGCCAUGCAACACCCUGAUCACAACACCGCUACUGCUGCUGCCACCGUCCUACCGGCGGUCUCUACCCCUCCACCUUUUCAGGGCCGUCCCAUCACUCCGGUCUACGCCAUGGCCCACAACGUUCAGCGCAUCCAAGCUGCCGGUGGCCUGUACGGAGCUGGAUACAUGCCCAUCACAAACUACGCUGCCAACUCAGCGGCUCUGGCUGCUCUGCAGAAGAAUGCGGCAGUGGCGGCUGCGGCGUACGGCGGGUACGCAGGCUAUGCGAUGCCGCAGGCCUUCCCCGCAACAGCCUUCCAGCUGCCCAUCCACGAUGUCUACCAGACGUAUUGAUUCCGGGGGUCAGACCUUGUGAAAGAACGACAAGGUUACCCUGUGACUGAACCGCCACCACCCCCACCACCACCACCACUACCACCCCCACCACGUCUGUCCCAUCGUACAGAAACAGAACUUGAACAUCAAAAAGCUCUAAAGGAAUGUUGUUUUUAAGCAAAUAUCUAGAAAACAAACAAUGACCUACUGGUUUCAGUAUAUCCUGGACCCAAGGCAACAAUAUGACAGCAUAACUGAUUUAUAACACACAUGGAGGCCAGUCCACUUACUGAGUAAAACCCACCUGCAUGUGGUGACCAUCAUCCCCCGACAAUAAUAACAACCACAUCUCUGUCUUGCUCUCUCUCAAUCUCUGUGUCUCUGACCCCUGCCAUCGUGUUGCUAAGGCAACAGAAACACUGAAGGUACAUUCAAGUAUUUAUGCUGAGAAGAUACAUAUUAAAGGUUUUACUCUCUGUAGGUUUCCCUUAUUAGUGGACUCAUUAGUGGACUCAUGUAGCAGUAAAGAUAGACCUUCACACUGACAAAAGAUUUUAUAAGGUGGGGCUGAAAGGAAGGAAAAGUUAUUCGAAAGAAAGUAAAAGUACAUCAGGAACUACUGACAGAAGACGAUGCCGUUGAAGACAACUGUUUUUGGAUAUACUAAUGUUUUAUUUUCAUUAAUAUAGAGUAUUUUAGCCAAUUCUACAUACUGUAGGUGAUGCUGUCCGUCCAUGCUGGUUGAAUGUGUAAGCUUCGAAUAUGCCUGUAUGGUACCUUUUUUUUUGGUUUAUGUAGUUUUAUUUGUGUUUUGCUCGUUUUAAAUGAAGGUUUCUGAGUGCCGUGUUCAUUUGCUCAUGAUUAGUCUGCUUGGUUUUUUUUGUGCGUCUCCUCUUUCACUUCUGGAAACAUAUCUUGGUUUAUUUGAAGAAAAAGUCGCCAUGCUGAAGAAUAUUUUUGUGGCAGAUUCCUUCCGAGAGAAAUAAAAACUGGAAUGCUUCUGUCAAGAUGACUUUAUCCAUAAGCCUGAUCGACAGCGACACCUGUGUGCAUGGAGAGAAGUUCCAAUCACCAAAAAACUGCGCUGACAGGGGACUGAACACAAGUUUUUUUUUUCUCUCCCUUACGUAUUUCUUUAUAUUGUGUUGUUUUUUACUCUUGAAAGGUGAACAAAUAUGGAAAGAAAUGAGAGACACUUUUCUACGUGGACCAGAAAACUCUGACACCUAAAGCUCUCCCGCCAAUGCCAACCAAAAAACUCCACACACUCCGGUCUCCUGAUAGUAGAAAGAUCACUGUGCUCAACUAGGGUGCCUUAUAUCUGCACACUCUACGUGCUCCCUUGUGCUUUUCACUGUGCCUUUCAUAACGAUGUGAGGCCCACUGUGGUUGGCAUAAAGAGAAAAGUUUUUUCCUUUCAUACUUCAAACAAUUUGUGGUAUUGCUGUAUUUUGGUGAGGUUUUCAGUCUCUUGUCUGAGGUAACACUCUGUGUGUCCGGCCUCCUUCUCAUUUCCUGUCCUCCAACCGUGCUUGGCUGAGGUGCACUUAAACUUAUUUAUAAAAGGCAAGAGCUUGUGACUACCAGAUGAAGAAAUGUUCAAUUUGGGCCAGUUUGGCAUUUAUCAAUUAUUAUUGUCUGACAGAGGUUUUCCUCGCAGAUAAAAGCAUAAAAGAAGAACCCUCGUUGAUGUUUAGUAGGCACUUUUUAAACUGUGCAGUGUGUAAAAAACGUGUUAUGUUGACCGGAGCAAUACCUCGCGCUGUAAAGUACGAGCAGCCUUGCAAGUAUUUGCUAUUACCGACGAAUGUAACGGAUGCAAGCAGCUGCUGAUCCUGAAGUCGCACUCCACAGCAGCCUUCUUUAUAAAAGAGAACCGAAAACAUUUGUGUACUAGAUUGUAUUUUUAAACCACUUUUUGGUAGUUGUUUUUAUUCUCUGCUUUAAAGAGCCUAUUUUAUUUGCUUGUUUUCCAUCUUCUCCACAGAUUUUUGACUACUUUUUAAAAACACAAACUAAUAUCAUAACUUGAAUGUCCGAGUCGAUAAAUGAAAAGAUUGAUUUUCCACAGCAAGACAUAUUUGUCUCACCUCCCUUUGUCAUCUACUUUUUUGCUUCUUCUCUCUCCUCUGAAACUGGAUUUUUAUGUAGAAAAAAAAACUGCUGACAACUGCUUUUAUUAUUUUCUUGUAUGAUGACAAUAAGUCAGGAUAUAUUUAAUAUAUAUGCAUUACGUGUUUUGUCUAUGAAGUGAGAAGAAAAGGUAUAAUAUAUUCUGAAACAUAUUUCCUUUCCUCAUCUAUACCUUGUUUAGGGAUUUUAAAAAAAAAGUAGAGAAACAUUUUUUUUUUUUUUUUUUUUUUUUUUUUUUUGCCAAAGUGUCCAAUAGUUUUGAAACCGUUUAAGGUAAUUGUGUUUUUGUUAUUGUGUGUCAUGUUCUGUUUGCUAUUUUGUACUUCAUUUGGUGUUAUGAGUGGGAACACAGAGACCUUCUGGUUUAGCUACAUAAAAAAAAAAAUUGGUGUCAGCUAAAAACGUAUACUGGUCCAUCUCGGUGUUCCAACCUGUGUCUUUGAGCCGUUGCAGCUAAACCGAUAAAGGUCUGAUCAUGAUUUAGCAGCCAUCACAACUUCAUGUGUUAGACGGCAGAGAACCUGUUUCUAGCUCCCACUCAAAACACCCGCUUUUCUUUCUAUUGCCUGAAUUUCACCGACAUGACGGACACGGUAUUAACUCCUGCUCCUUGUGUCGGUGGGUUUGACCUUUAUAUGCAUAGUUUUAACGUAGGUGUUGCCAUUUAAACUCUUCCUAGUGUGUGCCUUAUUGCCAAGAUGUGCCCUAUGCUAUACCUUUGUAGGCCUAUGCAGACUGUUUUCUUUCUGAAGGUUUGUUUAAAAAAAAAAAGCUUGUUCUGUAUUGUUAUAUUUAUAGUGAUAAAGUAGAUAAAUAAAGCA